AGCGCGCUGACAGACACACACUGGUCGGAGCUAGGCCCGAUAACAUUGUGAGCCGGACUGCCCAGACUGAUUUGCACUUCCAACCAGAGCGGCUGCAGUGUAAGUUUCACCUCCGCCGCGAUGUACACCUUGUUGGUUACCGCGCUGCUCGCAGUCUCAGGAGUCAGUGGUAUCGUACCUGUGACUGUGUAUUACGAGUCACUAUGCCCCGACUCUAUGAAGUUCUUCGUCAACCAGCUCUACCCAGCGAUGAUGACCGAGAGUCUGCUGGCACACACUGAUCUUACCCUGAUUCCCUACGGCUUUGCUCAGACAAACGUAUCGUCAGAUGGCUCCUACUCCUUCACAUGUCAGCAUGGUGACAGGGAGUGCUACGGCAACAAGGUUCACGCAUGCGCGCUGCAAACAAUGACGGAGAAGGGGCAGCUUCUGAGAUACCUGACCUGCCUGUUCCAAACUCUGUAUAGAGACCGCACAGCGCUUUACCCUUCGGAGAAGUGCGCAGAUCUCACCGGAGUGGACCCAGCAGUCAAGCAGUCUAUAGUGCAGUGUGCCAACUCCACCAAGGGCGACCAACUCUUGGCCGACAUGGGCAAGCUGACUCCCAGCAGACCCGAGCUGUCCUGGGUCCCGACCGUCGUGCUCAAUAAUACGAAAAAUCAACAAGACAUUGAUGAGGCGCAGACCAACUUAAAAGGUACCAUUUGCCAAUACAUUUCGGACCCCAAGCCCUCAGUGUGUGGAGGACCCAGGGUAACUGUGUAUUACGAGACGCUGUGUCCUUUCUCUAUCCAACUCUUCGUGAAUCAGCUUUACCCAGCUAUGCAACUCGACAGCUUGGCAAGAGGCUACACCAUCGAGCUGGUCCCUUACGGCAAGGCCAAUACAACGAAAUCUGCGGAUGGCUCGUACUCAUUCUCGUGUCAGCACGGCGACACGGAGUGCUACGGCAACAAGGUGCACGCGUGCGCACUCAACAAGAUGAAGGACAGCAGCAAACUCUGGACCUACCUCACCUGCCUCAUGGAGGCAGUGUAUCCAGACCGCACAAUACCAUACCCUGCGGACAAGUGCGCUGAUUUGACCAAGAUCUCAGACGUCGACAAGCAACAGAUCAUCGCCUGUGCCAACUCAACUGAAGGGAGUGCAUUGCUUGCGGAGAUGGGGAAAAUUACUCCCAGCGAGAUCUACAAAUAUGGUGUGCCAGCCGUCGCACUCAACGGCCUCCUGGACCAGGUGGAUGAUGACGGCGCUCAACAGGAUUUCCUCGGCACAGUUUGCAAACACAUGGCGUCUCCGAGGCCUUCGGUGUGCGAGCAGCAGACAGCGAGCAGCAGCGUGGCCAGCCUGUCGGUGCUUGUGCUCCUAUCUACACCCAUUCUGAACCUCGUCCUCUGAAGAACAGACGAGGUGUAGGUGUGGACAGCAAUAGAUUAAAACGCCCGACAAAUAGCGUGAUUGAUUUCUUACAUUCCCGAAUGUAGAUGUGUGACGGUGGGCUACUGCCAAAGAACAAAACCUCUGCCAGCUAAAAAGUACGAUAAAAAAUAAAUAUUUGAGAGAA